UUCAACAACAACUUAUGUACCAAAAGAAACUUCUCAUUCAUCAAUUACAUCUAACAUCCUUAAUGAAAUACUUAGUUCAACAACAACAAUUGAUGUACCUAAAAAAACGUCUCAUUCAUCAGUUACAACUAACAUCCCUAGUGAGACAUUUAGUUCAACAACAACAACUGAUGUACCUAAAGAAAAGUCUCUUUUAUCUGUUACAACUAACAUCCGUAGUGAGACAUUUAGCUCAACAACAACUGAUGUACCUAAAGAAACGUCUCAUUCAUCAGUUACAACUAAAAUCCCUAAUGAAAUACUUAGUUCAACAACAACUGAUGUACCUAAAGAAACGUCUCAUUCAUCAGUUACAACUAACAUCCCUAAUGAAAUACUUAGUUCAACAACAACAACUUAUGUACCUAAAGAAACGUCUCAUUCAUCAGUUACAACUAACAUCUCUAAUGAAAUACUUAGUUCAACAACAACUGAUGUACCUAAAGAAACUUCUCAUUCAUCAGUUACAACUAACAUCCCUAGUGAAAUACUUAGUUCAACAACAACUGAUGUACCUAAAGAAACGUCUCAUUCAUCAGUUACAACUAACAUCCCUAGUGAAAUACUUAGUUCAACAACAACUGAUGUACCUAAAGAAAUAUAUCAUUCAUCAGUUACAACUAACAUCCCUAGUGAGACAUUUAGUUCAACAACAACAACUGAUGUACCUAAAGAAACUUCUCAUUCAUCAGUUACAACUAACAUCCCUAAUGAAAUACUUAGUUCAACAACAACUGAUGUAUCCAAAGAGUACGUUUUUUUAGGUACAUCAGUUGUUGUUGUUGAACUAAAUGUCUCACUAGGGAUGUUAGUUGUAACUGAUGAAUGA